AAGAAACACAACAGCUUUGGCCAAGACCGUGACUUCAGGAGCGGGAGCCCAAGCCCUCGCGGGCAGCCCCCUCCCCAUGGAGGACAGCUUUUUGGAAUCGUUCGGGAGGCUGAGCCUCCGACCGCAGCCGCCGCGGCCGCCGCCCCCGCGGGGGACCCCUCCGCGCCGGCACGGCUUUAGGAAACACCUCUACCUCCUGCGCGGCCUCCCGGGCUCGGGGAAAACCACACUGGCCAGGCAAUUGCAGCGCGACUUUCCCAGGGCUCUGAUUUUCAGCACCGAUGAGUUCUUCUUCAGGGAAGACGGCUCCUAUGAGUUUAAUCCCGACUUCCUGGAGGAGGCCCAUGAGUGGAACCAGAAAAGAGCGAGAAAAGCAAUGAGGAAUGGCGUAACCCCCAUUAUUAUUGAUAAUACCAACCUGCACGCCUGGGAAAUGAAGCCCUAUGCAGUCAUGGCACUUGAAAAUAACUAUGAAGUUAUAUUCCGAGAACCUGACACUCGCUGGAAAUUCAACGUUCAAGAGUUAGCAAGAAGAAACAUCCAUGGAGUUCCAAGAGAAAAGAUACACCGAAUGAAAGAACGGUAUGAACAUAAUGUUACCUUUCACAGCGUGCUUCACGCCGAGAAACCAAGCAGAAUGAACAGAAGCCAGGACAAGAAUAACGCGUCGCCUCCCAGCAGCUCGGGGUACUGGAACACCUACGCCGAGCUGCCAAACCGGAGGGCUCCUGGCGGCUUUACAAACGAGAGCUCCUUCCGAAGGAGUCGUUGUCACCGCGGAUAUUAAGAGGCCUAUUUUACAGCCAUCCAGAAUUUUCCUAAAUAGGUUUUUACUUCAACUUUUGGUGUUUAUUAUUUGUUCAGUUUUGGUCACAAUUCUCAUUCCAGUGUAUAGUCAAGCCUGAGGCCGUUAUAUUCAUUAUCUUGAACAAACAGGCUCCAGCACCAGCCACAUGCAUGGCCUGAUGCUGGGCACUCUGUAGACCGGGUUAUUCUCUUCCUCGACAGAAAGGAAUCAUUGAAAUUGAAAGCCAAGAACAGACUAGUUAGAUUCAGAAGUAAAAUUAAAAACAUAUAUAUAUAUAUAAUCAGAAGUAAUAUAUAUAUAUGCUUAUAUAUAUUGAAUUAUAUAUAUAUUUCAGUACUACAUUCCCUGAAGUAAUCCAUUUAUUUAUUUUUUUUCAAGAAAUUCAUCUCUAGGGAAGUUGGCAGGAUGGGGGAAGCAAAGGCAGGAAACAUCUAGUGCCAUCUCUCUACGUUGAUAAUCUAUGUAUCUAAAGCCGUGAGUCAUGUCACUCUAAUGACGCUGACGUUUCCCUUCAAACCAAUGCACCAGAAAAUAGAGCUAUGAAGGAAUGUUGCCCUCCAAAGUGAACUUUUGGGAAAAUGAUUCCUUUAUUGUAAUGAUGUGUCACUGUUGAAAACGUCUUUUAAAUCCUUAAUAACAUAGGCAAGUCAGGAGAGUCAGUGUCAUUAAAGUCAAACCCCGUGUUCAACUCCUUUAACUGGAUUACAGAUUAAACCUUUCUUGUGGCUGUUGUCUAAUAGUGUAAAUAAAAUAAAUAUGCUUUCAUACAUAGAAAACCAAUUUUUAAGAGGAAUAGUUAAGCAAUUUCUAUAAUGAUGCCUGUAGCCUGUACAUUUAGUUGGCAGCCCAAAUGCUUGGGAGCAUGUGGAGUUAAGCAGCCCAGGGUCACACAAGGAUGUAUACAUGCCACUCCCAGUGAACGAAUAGCAGCCUGGAUCGUCCAUGUGGCAUUGUUUGAGACAACUGAGGUUACUACAACGGUGGGGUGUCCCUCUUACCCCAGUACUCAGUUUAUGAAUCCAAAUUAAUCCCAACAGGUUGUAGUCUGAUUAUUUUGGUAGAGACCAUGACAGACAAGAUCAUGUGGGGUGAAUGCUCUAUUUGUUGUUGGCUAACAGCUUCUUUCUAAUGUUCUGUGAAAUAUUAUUUUAAAUGUCUUAUAUAAUGGUGCUUUUUGGUUAUUAAAAAUUGUAUAUGGCAUUGCA